CACGAAUAUAGCUUGCAAAGCACUGGCGGAGUCCAUCAUGCAAAUCACCGCUGACCGAGCACGAGUUCUCGGGCCCCACCAUGGGCCAUGCAGGCGUGGAUUUGAUACUAACCAAAUCACCACUCACCGAUAAGAAAGGUGGGGUCACAAAGGACGCCUUUCGAGAUUCGAACAGCACACACCGAACUGCAAUAAUAAGAAUCCCUAGAUUCCACGCCGCGGGGAAACGACCUCUCACCACCGGCAGCCAGGAAAUCAGAUUCCGACCCCGUCGGGAAAUGACACCGAGCGGCAGUCUGCGGGAUCUUCUUCGUGAUCUUUAUCUACUACCCUUCCCCUCCUCGAACCCCUCAGUUCCCUGGGUCUGAAGAUCGAUCGACAUCAACGAGCUUAAAUCGAGAAACUGCGUGAAAAUGAUUACUGGUCUCGCGCACGUCAACAUCCUCGUCCCGGAAGGGACCCUGGACCUGGCAGAAGAAUUCUACACCAACACGCUGGGUCUGCCAUCCGCCCCAGUUCCCCACCUACAAAAGGGAACGCUUUUAUGGUUCAACCUCACGCCGGACGGUAGCCAGCAAAUUCACGUGGCCUUUGGGAAGAACGGCGAGCUAGACUCCAGACGCCAUGCCUGCCUGAGGGUCGCGUCGCUGGAGGCACUGCUGAACCUGCAGCAGCGCAUCUGGGAACAUCUUCAGAGGGGCGGUGCUGCUGCUCCCUUGCACGCCGAUCAGCCUGGCGAGCAGAAUUCGGGGGCCCAAGGCGUCGAAUAUCCGAGUCGAUUUUUUGCGAGGGACUACGCGGGCAAUAGGCUGGAGUUCACUCUAUGACACCCUUGAAUGAGUCUAAUGGAUCACUGUUUGUCGAUACCUAUUGAGCGGAGACCAUUGUGUCAUGAUCCAAUAAAUAUCCACUUUUCGAUUCCUCAAUUGGCUCACUCCAUGAACCACCUACAAGUAUGCCCUGUGAACAUCCAAAAGUGUUGGGCUAUUGUAUGCUACCCCAACCUUUGUAGGCACUGCCUUCUCUGUCCGUUUACCCCCACGCGCAGACUACAGAGUGCAUCUUAUUCAG